CACUUCCACACACACAUGCACAAACUGAAUUCAAAGGAUCGACACACUGCAGAAGCCAGCUCCAAUCAUCCAUGGCCUCCGACCACCGCCUGGGCGCGCUCAAGGCGUUCGACGACACAAAGGCCGGCGUCAAGGGCCUCGUCGACGCGGGAGCCACGGUCGUCCCCCUCAUCUUCCACCACGCGCCCGAGUCCCUCAACGACGCGCCCCACCACCACGACCACCAGUUCGCCAUCCCGGUCAUCGACCUUGCCGGCCUCGCGACACCGUCCGGGCGAGCCUCGGCGGUCGGCGCGGUGAAGGCGGCCGCGGAGACGGUAGGCUUCUUCCAGGUGGUGAACCACGGCGUGCCGGAGGCGGCCAUGUCGGCGAUGCUCGCGGGGCUGCGGAACUUCAUCGAGGAGCCGGUGGAGGCCAAGGCGCCGUACUACACCCGUGACCACGGCCGGCGCGUGAGGUACCAGAGCAACUUCGACCUGUUCCAGUCGCCGGCGGCCAACUGGCGCGACACCCUGUUCAUGGAUAUGGCGCCGGAGCCGCCGGCGCCCGAGGAAAUCCCACCGGCGUGCAGGGCAGUCGUCCCAGAGUUCGCGGGGCUGGUGCAGCGGCUGGGGAGCACGCUGCUCGGGCUUCUGUCGGAGGCGCUGGGCCUCCGGCGAGGGCACCUGGAGGAGGAUGCCGCGUGCCUAGAGGGGCUGAGCCUCGCCUGCCACUACUACCCGACGUGCCCGGAGCCGCACCUCACGCUGGGCACAACCAAGCACUCCGACCCCAGCUUCAUCACCGUGCUCCUCCAGGACGCCGUCGGCGGCCUCCAGGUGCUCGUCGUCGACGACGACAAGCAGAACCCGGCGUGGGUGGACGUGCCGGCAGUGGCGGGGGCGCUGGUGGUGAACGUGGGCGACUACCUGCAGCUCCUGUCCAACGACAGGUUCAAGAGCGUGGAGCACCGCGUGGUGGCCAAGAGCGCGGGGCCGAGGGUGUCGGUGGCCUGCUUCUUCCGGACAGACGGGUCGACGAGGGUGCUCGCGCCGAUCGUCGCCGACGGCGGCAACGCCCGGUACAGGAACACGACGGUGGACGAAAUGGUCAGGCACUACAGGGCCAAGGGCCUCGACGGCGUCUCCUCACUCCAAUACGUCAGGAUCUAAUGAAUCUCACCCAAAUGUAUUUGUUGUGCUUGUGAUCGGAAUUCAUGUUUGGGUUUGAAUCAUAUACCACAUCCUAUCAACGUAAGAUGCUACUAUCUUUGUACCCAUUCUGUGGUGGAAUUGUGGAUUUAGUUGGGAAUGCAGAUCAGAUUUAAUCC